CCGCCAUCAUCGACCGCUCGUGGGGCUCGAGCGCAGAAAACAUCAUACCCGGCAAAACUCAUACACUGACACUGCAACACACUGAGAGGAUUUAACGAUUCUUCCGCGCUUUUCGCAGGAAUUCUCCUUCUGCAGGUAAAUGAUCACCGGCCUCAUCUGUUCACCAUCAGCUGUGUCCCGAGCUUCAUUCAUUCAUGGCUGUCGCAGUCCCCAAGCUGACCAGCGGCGGUCCUGUCCACAUCCGUAUCAAGUCCGGUGAGUUAGGGACCAGCAAAUGGAAAGAAGGGGUCUUUGAAAUCCACGAGAGAGACAACAAGACCAAUCUGUUGUUGAAAUUUAACAGCGGUGGUGCUCCGAGAAGCUUUCAGCUGAAUCCCAGUGUGAAGGUUUUGUGGUCUCUGUCCCCCGGCACGCACCGCGUGACUAUAACACUGAAAGAAUGUGUUGUCUUUUUGGAAAAACUGCCCACAUUGGUUGAGAAAAGAAUGAAGGAAUAUUUUGAAACGAUGAAGCAUAGUAAACAAACCGCUUUAAAGACAAACCAGGGAAGUGCCAGUUUUGGAUUGGUGCUUGGGAAUCGCACAUCACAGAAUGACACCGGCCUCUCUCCGUCACAGACCACCCCAAGACGUCCGAGUGUGGACAACAGAGAGGACAGCACACCCCGAAAGCCUCUAGGGAGCCCCAGUCGAGUGACUUCAACACCCGGUCGCAAUGGAUUCUCAGAGAUUAGGAGUGAGAAGCGGAAGAGACUCAUGAACUCUGAUGGUGACAUGACUGAGGACUAUCCCAAAGAAAACGACUCCUCGAGCAACAACAAGGCCAUCACAGACACAUCCAGAAAGUUCCUCCUGAGCUGCAAAGACAAGCUGAAGCAGGCAGACGAGAACCGGACCGCAGCUCCACACGUUUCUGCUCCCCUCCAGCCAACAUCCUUUUAUGGAAGUAGAUCAGGAACUAAAGACUACGCACAAACCCAUUCAUUUCUGGACAGGUCCAGCGGUACAGGCCUGUGUCCCUCUGCCAAGAGAAGCCUGAUGUUACCCAAUCACUCAACUCCUUUUAAAAAAGUGCGUCCAACGCUGGAUUACGGUGGUUGGAAUAAACCACGGCUGUCCACGCUGGCUCAACCACAGCCUCCACUGCAAGGAUUCUCCAACCUUGGGAAUACAUGUUACAUGAACGCCAUCCUCCAGUCGCUUUUUAGCCUGCCUUCAUUCUCAAACGAUCUGCUGAAGCAGGGGAGUACAUGGAAGAGACUGCCCAUCAAUGCCCUUCUGAGGCGUUUUGCUCACUUGCUGGCUAAGAAAGACGUCUCGUCUCCAGAAGUGAAGAAGGAUCUUUUGCGGCGAGUGAAGAAUGCUAUUUCCUCCACAGCUGAGCGUUUCUCAGGAUAUAUGCAGAAUGAUGCCCAUGAGUUUCUGAGUCAGUGUCUGGAUCAGCUGAAGGAGGAUGUGGAGAAGAUCAAUAAGAGCUGGAAGAAUGAGCCGUCCGUCUGGGAGGAGCCUCAGAACGCACGCUUGGCUGAUGAGGUGGAUACCUCACGGAUCUACACCUGCCCCGUCACGGUCAACAUGGAGUUUGAGGUGCAGCACACCAUUACGUGUAAGAGCUGUGGAGAGGUGGUGAUGAAGCGUGAACAGUUCAAUGAUCUGUCCAUCGACCUGCCUCGCAAAAGGAAAACCCUGCCUAUGAGGUCCAUACAGGAUUCUCUGGAUCUCUUCUUCAGGAUGGAGGAGAUCGAGUAUUCAUGUGAAAAGUGCACUGGAAAAUCAGCGACCGUGUCUCAUAAAUUCAGCAGACUUCCCAGGGUUUUGAUUCUUCAUCUGAAACGCUACAGUUAUAACACCCAGCUGUCUUUGAACAGCAAGCUGGGCCAGCAGGUCCUUAUCCCUAAAUAUCUCACGCUGCUGUCCCACUGUACAGACGCCACACGGCCUCCUCUCAGCCUCGGCUGGAGCGCACAGAGCACGCUCUCCAGGACACUGAAGACAUCACAGUCUGUCAACUCUUCCACACUACGGAAGGGUUCUCAGAAGCCGGAGAACUCGGGCGGUGUGUUAUGUGACUCUGAUAGUGAGGAGGAACUCGUCAGAAAAGUUGCUCGCAAACAUCAGUCGGAAGAUGACCGGACAGAAGAGGUGCAGCACAAUGGACAGGAGGAGCACUCGGAGUUUAACGGCAUCAAUGACGAUGAAAUGCUGGCAGCUGUUCUGGAGAUGACUUGUGAGGACACCAGUAUGUCCGAGUGCCCUGACGACGAGCCCACCAGCAGUCCUGACACAGGGUUUGGAGACACUGACAGUCAGCAUCUGACACAUCAUUUAGAUCUGCCGGAUGGAGAGAAACAGCCCGCAGACACUCUCGAGUCUCUGGAUCUGACCAUGGAUGAGAACAAGGAGAACCAGACCCCUGAGGGGGUGCAGGGAGAACUGGACUGGGUUCAGCAGUACAGCUUGGAUCAGGAGCGUGAGGAGCAGGAACUGCAGCAGGCCCUCGCCCAGAGCCUGCAGGAACAUGAGGCGAGAGAGAUGCGAGAAGAUGAUGAUCUGAAGAGAGCUACUGAGCUCAGUCUACAAGAGUUUAAUAACUCGCUGCCCGAGCUGCUGUGCUCUGAUGAUGACUCUGGAAAUGAAGAUGGUCUGGAUAUGGAGUACAGCGAGGCUGAGGCUGAAGAACUUAAGAAGAACGCUGAGACUGGAGAUCUUCCCAACUCUUUCAGACUCAUCAGCGUGGUCAGUCACAUCGGCAGCAGUUCUUCAUCAGGACAUUACAUCAGUGAUGUCUAUGACAUGAAGAAACAGUCUUGGCUCACGUACAAUGAUCUGGACGUGUCCCGCACGCAAGAGUCCAGCGUCCAGAGAGAUCGUGACAGGAGUGGAUACAUCUUCUUUUACAUGCACAAAGAUGUGUUUGAGGAGCUGUCUGAACAGGAGAGGGCAGGAGGAGAUGCUGGCCGAACGGUACUGCAGCCGUUAUAAGAGACACACACACACGCGUCAAUGCGGAUCAUUCUACUGAUGAAGAGCUGAAGUGAGCCGAGGGUAACAGCACACCUCUCAUCCCAAGAACACUCCUCUGAUUCUCCUGUCCCAGUUCUCUCUGUCAAACUAAACUUGUGUAAACUAAAGUCUCAACGGGUACGUGUCGUAGAAGCCCAUAUAGGUACAAAGUGUUCAUGGGGAAAAGCAGAGAAAAUAAAUAUAUAUUGAAAGCAUUUUGAGUUCCUUACAAGCAGUAACUUCAACCUCAUGAGAAGUUGCGCUUAGGUUUUCUUUGAUUUGAAAAUUCCCUCUUGUAAACUUUUAUGCAUUAAGAAAUUUAUAAAGACAGAGAAAGCUCGUUCUCUGUUGACCUGUUUUCAACUUUUAAAUUGUCUUUAUGAUCUAUUGCAUAGAGAACUCUAUUCUUGUAUGUGUUUAUGAGUGAAAUGGGGAUUAUGGGGCAUCUGUUUCUUGUUUGAUAUGGAGCUGAAGAUGUGGUGCAAUAUUUGCUUUGCCAUUUGGCUUUUAUAUGACUGUCCCAUAGCGAUGAGGAGAGCGAACGCUUGCGCUUUAUAUUCCAGACUUUACUGAUGAGACCGUUUCUUUUACUCUUGUUUUAUAAAAGUUCCUCUAACAACCUCGCUGUUAUCGAUGUAGCUUGUCUUUUUUUAAAGCUCUCACUCCACGAUUCUUUAUGCCUCUCCAACAUCUACAGAGACGGUGCACUCCUUCGGUUUCCGUCUGUCAUUGUGAAAUUGCACAACUGUCGUGUAGAAAGCUUCGUGUCACGUCGGUCGAUAGGAUUAUUUAUUUUAGGACCUUGUUCAUCAUUCUGUGUCUGAUUAAUACUGUACUGUCUUGUUUUCAAUAACCACUUUGUUCAUUUGU